AUGCCGGUGACGUAUAAUUCGCGUAAUCCUGCGGUUAAACGGCUAAUGAAGGAAGCCCAGGAGCUUUCAGAACCAACGGAACUGUAUUUCGCCAAACCUUUAGAGGAUAAUCUAUUUGAGUGGCAUUUUACUAUUAGAGGACCGGAAGAAUCUGACUUCCAUGGUGGAAUCUACCAUGGAAGAAUCCUUCUGCCUUCAGAAUAUCCCAUGAAGCCUCCAAAUAUAGUUUUACUUACACCAAAUGGUCGUUUUGAAAUAAACCGAAAGAUCUGCUUAAGUAUAUCUGGAUAUCAUCCAGAAUCAUGGAGACCUUCUUGGUCCAUUCGAACUGCACUUCUAGCAAUCAUAGGAUUUAUGCCCACCCAUGGUGUAGGCGCAAUAGGUUCACUCAAUCAAACAAAAGAAGAACGUCAGAUGUUGGCUCGCAUGUCACAAAGUUAUGUUUGCAGUACGUGUGGACCGAUUAGAAAUCUUCUCCUUCCUCUAACAGCUGCUUCUUCGUCUAUGAAUAAAGAAGUUAGUCAAGCUGCAGCUCAGAUAUCUAUGAUGAGUGAAGAGGAGACUGCUAGUAAAAAAGCGUCGGAUAAGCCAUCUGCUAGUAAACCGAAUCCUGUUUCUGGUGAUUCAUCAACACCAUCAAACAAAUCAUCCGUAAAUGUGAAUCCACCAUCAAAAGUAAUUAGCACUACUGUCCCACCUUCAUCUGCAACUCCUUCGGUAUCUACAAGUCAAGGGAAUAUUUCUAGCCCUAUGGGAAAUGUAAAUCCAUAUAUCUGGCCAGGAAUUUCGCCAUAUAUGUAUCCUGCUGCCCUCUCCUCUCCUACUUCGAAAAUUACUGAUACCACAACACCUCAGAUUGCCUAUUGGUUGUGUUUUCCUGUUUACUAUCCUAUGCCAUAUCCUACAAAUCCGAACCCAUCGUUGUCCAGUGCAACAGUUCAAGCGUCAUCAUCAUCGACCGUAGCAACAAAUGGAGAACGUGUACCUUUAAGUUUCAGUGAAUGGUUAAAACAAAUUAGAGAGAAAGAAAAAACUAAGAGUACACCUACAGCAAAUACAGCAUCUGACUCAUCUGCCGUCCACUCACCCCAAAGUCAUGAAGGUGUAAGUCAGACGGGUUCAAGUUCAUCUGUACAGUCUAGUAUUGACAGAAGGUUUAAUGACUCGCCUUAUUCAGGUAGCUUACAAAAAUCACAUGAAUUUGAUGAUCAUAUCAAUUCUGAAGUCAUCAGUACUCAGAAAGAUGAUGCCAGUAGUAAUAUGGAUUUAGCGCAUAAUAAAAAAAACAGUGAGGAGACAACUCACCCAGCAUUCCCUACACAGCAAAAGAACAUCGAAAAAGUGGACUCUCUUUCCCCUGAAAAUAUUGUUGUCCAUUCACCACAAAAUGUUCAAAGUUCAUUAUACACUGAUAAUCUCCCACACACUCAUGAACCUUUGAAUCUAUCGCUUCAUCAAAGUGAAUCAAAGUUUGUCUCAUCUAAUGUACCAUCUAAAUCAAUGACCGACGAUCUUUUAUCUGAUACAGUUACAAAACACUCUCCCACAGUACCAGCAGAUGAUGCUUCAAAGUCUGAAUCCCAUUUAGUACAAACUGUAAAUCCUGACACACUUUUAUGCAUGACUUCAAAGAAUGAGAUAGUCUCACAUUCUGAUACACAUUUAGUGGAACAGAAGCAUGUCAAAGUAUCAGAGACCUCAUUCGACAGCAGUGGUAUCAAUGGCACCAUCACUGCAGGAAGAAGUGAGCCGCUGCCUGUGAAUAUUGAAACAAUAGAUGUGAAUGACAAACCUCAAUUAGACGUAUCUAAUGAUGAUUUGAACAAAGCGAAAGUAGACAGUACUGUUGAUAAGGAUAUCGCUGUUAAAUCGCUUACUAAUUUGAUUGAAUCUCUCGAUAAUAUAGAUACUUGUAAGAAAUAUCGUGAACAAAAGGCAAGUAAUUUUUAUUCUGGUGAGAAUGAAACUAUGGGAUUCCCUGAAAAAGAUAUGAAAAGUGAUCAACUUAUGUCUGGCAGCAGUGUUGAUUAUCAAGCUGGUGGAUUACGUAAUAGAAUUGGUGUGUCGCCUUCUAGCAAUCCUAGUCUCAGUGAAUAUACAUCAUCAAUUUAUUCAAUAAAUAGAAGACGACCAUCCCUUGUACCACAUGAUGCUGCAACUAUAUGUGCUAUCGGUGUAGCAAUUGCAUUAUUUGUAGUUGUUGUACGUCGGUUAGCAAUAAUGUUUGAAGAUAGUUAGACGAGAGCAAAAAACCCCGUUAUCUUAGAUGAAAUGCCAUUCUUUUCCAUAAAGCCAACAAACAAUUAAAUAUCUCCAGUUGAAUAAUAUACUGGUGUGUAAACAAAACUCAG